CAGAGUUGAGAAGCAGCAAAAAAAAAAUAGUAAGAAAUCCCAAGCACCACAUGAAAAUCAAUAAUUUUUGGAUUAGUAGCUGUUGUUGGUAUUUCGGCAAAAAAAGGAUUCAAAACAAACCUGUCGCAGCUACAGCAACAACAAUGUAUUGAAUAGCCGAACGAUAAACAUUAAGGGUGUUCCCAUAUAAAAACCCAAAACGAAUGCGAGAGAGAAUAAAAACAAACUCGAUGAAUAAUUCAGGUGCAACGUGUAAGACCAGCGAUUAAAACGACAAAACCCGAAAGAGGCCACGCGGCGUUCAAUUUAAUAAUUAACUCCAAAUAAACAAUAAGAAAAUCAGCAUCAACAAAAACAACAGCAGCAACAAUAACAAGUCAACGCGUGCCCCCAACCAAAAUGGCGGCACGACGUUGCCCGUUGGCGCCCCCAAUGCGAGGACUCCAACCGCAAAGGCAACGUAUGACCAGCAUCCCGUUACCUGCCACCAGGCGCAUAACUCACAUGCUGCUGCUGCUGUCCAUGUUGCUGUUGCACCUGAGCAACAUUGGCUUGGCGACAGCAACUGGCGAACAGCAGGCGGCAGGCAGCUUUGCUGGACUGACUGCCGAAAAUGCAGCCAGAAUGCUGGCGGGCAGUCCCGGCGAGGCGGAGGCCAACGCUCAACAUGGUGGCAACGGGCACAGCGAGAUGUCGCUGGUGCUGCCCCAUGACACCUAUCCGGGCUUUAGCAUCAAGAAAUUCAAGACGCGUCCGCUGCAACAUCCCAACGGGACAGCAGCUCAUCAUAGAGGAGGAGCUGGUGGAGGAGCUGGAGCUGCUGCCUAUCACAUGCUGGACAGCGAUUAUUCCAAGUACUUCACCGUGCUGGACGAUGGCGUUGUAAUGACCACGGCGGACAUAUCGCCGCUUGUGAAUCGACCUGUGCAGCUGGUGGUCGUCGAACAGACACCGAAUGCGACCAAUACGCAUAAUCUGCAGCUAUUUGUCAUGCAUCGCAAGGAUAUGUUGCGCUUCUCUGGCUCCCUGCUCGAUGCCAGCGGCGAGGUGCGCGAGAAUCAUCCGGCGGGCACACGUGUGCGUGGCGUGCCCCUCAUGCAGGCAUUCAGUGGCUCCAUAUUGGAUGAGGAGCUGGCACAGCCGAAGAAGGUGCGCUACACCAUCAUCCAUGGCAAUGUGGAUGAUGCCUUUGCGCUCCAGGAGCGUCGCGCCAAUCAGAAUGUCCAGCUGAAUGCCAAAUCGCUGGUCAUCGAGGGCGACGAUGAGUCGGGCGUGUGGCUGGUCACGAAUCGUCCAUUGGAUCGGGAAGAGCGCUCGCACUAUGAUCUCUCCGUGGAGGCCUCCGAUGUGGAUGGCCUGGACAAGACGGUGUCCAAGAUACAAAUCACUGUGCUCGAUGAGAACGACAACAGGCCCGUGUUCAAGUCGCAGGAUUACAAGUUUGCCAUUGCCGGCAAGAAGGCGCUAAAUAGUGACAGCAACAACAGCGUCAGCUGGCAGCGCUUCGCGAUAUUGGGCCGCGUCGAGGCCACCGAUGCCGAUGGCGACAAGAUUGCCUAUCGCCUGAAAUCACCCAGCAAUGUGGUCAUCAUUGUGCCACAGACGGGCGAGCUAAUGCUCGCCGGCGAGCCGACCACCAAUGAGCUGCUGCUCGAGGUAAUUGCCCAUGAUCUGCGCUAUCCCAGCCUGCUGAGCGCCCAGCCGGCCAAGGUGCUGUUGGAGUUUCUGGCACCCGAGCCGGUGUCAUUUAUAAUGCAGCACCUGGAGCACGAUGCGGUCAACGAGCAUUCGCAUCAUCGGGAGAAGCGACGCGUUACGCGCGCUGUGCGACCCACCAAACGUAUCGAGUUCACCGAGGCCGAUGGCGACACCGAGGGCAAGUCCGUGUUUCAGCUGGAGAAGGAAACGGAUAAGGAAACGUUCAAAAUACGCGACGAUAAUCCCUGGGUGACGGUGGAAACAAAUGGAGCGGUGCGCGUGAAGAAGAAGUGGGACUUUGAGGAGCUUGGACCGGAUAAGACUAUCGAUUUCUGGGUCAUCAUCACGAACAUGGGACACAAUGCUGGCAUCAAGUACACGGACAACCAGCGCGUGAUUAUCCUGGUGAAGGAUGUGAACGACGAGCCGCCCUACUUCAUCAAUCGACCGCUGCCGAUGCAGGCGGUGGUUCAGCUAAAUGCACCGCCCAAUACGCCCGUAUUUACGCUGCAGGCACGCGAUCCGGAUACGGAUCAUAAUAUACAUUAUUUCAUAGUGCGGGAUCGCACGGGCGGACGUUUCGAAGUGGAUGAACGUUCGGGCGUGGUGCGCACCCGGGGCACAGAUCUCUUCCAGCUGGACAUGGAAUAUGUGCUGUAUGUGAAGGCGGAGGAUCAGAAUGGCAAGGUGGAUGAUCGCAGGUUCCAAAGCACGCCCGAGGAGCGUCUAUCGAUUGUGGGCGGCAAACGGGCGCCACAAUUCUAUAUGCCCGGCUACGAGGCUGAGAUACCCGAGAAUCAGAAAAAGGACUCCGACAUCAUUUCGGUUAAGGCCAAAUCCUUUGCGGACCGUGAGAUACGUUAUACACUGAAGGCGCAGGGACAGGGCGCCGGCACCUUUAACAUUGGACCCUCGUCGGGCAUUGUCAAGCUGGCCAAGGAGCUGGACUUUGAGGACCUGCGACAGCCGCAUGUCUAUACGCUGAUUGUGACAGCCACCGAGGAUUCCGGCGGCUUCUCCACAUCCGUUGAGCUCACCAUACGCGUCACGGAUGUCAAUGACAAUGCGCCCAAGUUUGAGCUACCCGAUUAUCAGGCGCACAAUGUGGACGAGGAUAUACCGCUGGGCACCAGCAUAUUGCGCGUUAAGGCCAUGGACGCCGAUUCGGGCGCCAAUGCUGAGAUUGAGUAUCUUGUAUCGGAUGAUCAUUUCGCUGUCGACUCCAAUGGCAUCAUUGUGAACAACAAGCAGCUCGAUGCGGACAACAACAAUGCCUACUAUGAGUUUAUUGUCACCGCCAAGGAUAAGGGUGAACCGUCCAAGUCGGGCACCGCAACCGUGCGUGUCUACACCAAGAACAAGAACGACGAGGAGCCCAAGUUUUCACAACAGGUCUACACGCCCAAUGUGGAUGAGAAUGCCGGUCCGAAUACAUUGGUAACCACUGUGGUCGCCUCCGACAAGGAUGGCGAUAAUGUGCGCUUCGGUUUCGUUGGCGGCGGCACCUCCUCCGGCCAGUUUGUCAUCGAGGAAAUUACGGGUGUCAUACGGCUGCAUAACAAGGCCAUCUCACUGGAUCGCGACAAGUACGAACUGAAUGUGACCGCCAUGGAUGAUGGUUCCUGUUGUGUUAACGGCGAUCAGACAAUACACACCUCCACGGCUGUCGUUGUCGUCUUUAUCACCGAUGUCAAUGAUAAUAAGCCGGUGUUUAAGGAUUGCGGCACCUACUAUCCCAAGGUGGAGGAAGGUGCACCCAAUGGCAGUCCAGUCAUUAAGGUUGUGGCCACCGAUGAGGACAAGGGCGUCAAUGGACAGGUUAAAUACUCGAUUGUACAGCAACCGAAUCAGAAGGGCACCAAAUUCACAGUGGACGAGGAAACUGGCGAAGUGUCCACCAACAAAGUGUUCGAUCGUGAAGGUGACGACGGCAAAUUCGUCUCCGUGACUGUAAAGGCAACUGAUCAGGGUGAUCCCAGCUUAGAGGGCGUCUGCUCUUUUACGGUGGAGAUAACCGAUGUGAACGAUAAUCCGCCACUAUUCGAUCGUCAGAAAUAUGUGGAGAAUGUUAAGCAGGAUGCCAGCAUUGGCACCAACAUACUGCGCGUCUCGGCCUCCGAUGAGGAUGCGGAUAAUAAUGGCGCGAUUGUCUAUAGCCUGAGCGCGCCCUUCAAUCCCAACGAUCUGGAAUAUUUCGAUAUACAAGCCGAAUCUGGUUGGAUAGUGCUAAAGAAGCCGCUUGACCGCGAGACAUACAAAUUAGAGGCGAUGGCCCAAGACAAGGGCUAUCCGCCAUUAUCGCGUACGGUCGAAGUACAGAUCGAUGUGGUCGAUCGUGCCAACAAUCCGCCCGUUUGGGACCAUACCGUUUAUGGGCCGAUCUAUGUCAAGGAAAAUAUGCCCGUUGGCGGCAAAGUCGUCUCGAUCAAAGCCAGUUCGGGCAUUGAGGGCAAUCCAACGGUUUUCUAUAGAUUAAUGCCUGGGUCAACGGCACAGACGAACAAGUUUCAUACGUUCUAUCUGCAACAGAGACCGGACAAUGGUGACACCUGGGCCGAUAUAAAGGUCAAUCAUCCGCUGGACUAUGAGAGCAUCAAGGAAUACAACUUAACCAUACGUGUGGAGAACAACGGCGCCCAGCAAUUGGCAUCGGAAGCGACCGUUUACAUAAUGCUCGAGGAUGUUAAUGACGAAAUACCGUUAUUCACCGAACGCGAACAGGAAACGGUGCUGGAGGGCGAACCGAUUGGCACCAAAGUGACACAAGUGAAUGCCAUUGACAAGGAUGGCACAUUCCCAAAUAAUCAGGUCUACUACUACAUCGUCGACUCGCCACGUAACGAGGGCAAAGAAUUUUUUGAAAUUAAUUUGCAAAGCGGCGAAAUCUUUACCAAAACCGUGUUCGACAGGGAGAAAAAGGGCGCCUACGCCCUCGAGGUAGAGGCACGCGACGGUGCGCCCUCAGCGCGACCGAACAGCAAUGGACCCAAUUCAGUCACCAAAUUCAUACGCAUUGGCAUUGCCGAUAAGAACGAUAAUCCACCCUAUUUCGACAAAUCGCUCUACGAGGCGGAAGUGGAUGAGAAUGAGGAUAUACAGCACACUGUGCUGACAGUCACGGCCAAGGAUCACGAUGAAUCCUCACGUAUACGCUAUGAAAUCACCAGCGGCAACAUUGGCGGCGCUUUUGCUGUUAAAAAUAUGACGGGUGCCAUUUAUGUGGCCGGCGCUUUGGACUACGAGACGCGACGCAGGUAUGAGCUGCGUUUGGCUGCCUCCGAUAAUUUGAAGGAAAACUAUACGACGGUCAUCAUACAUGUCAAGGAUGUUAAUGACAAUCCGCCCGUGUUUGAGCGACCCACAUAUCGCACACAAAUUACCGAAGAGGAUGAUCGUAAUUUGCCCAAGCGUGUUUUACAGGUCACCGCCACAGAUGGCGACAAGGAUCGUCCGCAGAACAUUGUUUAUUUUCUAACCGGCCAAGGCAUAGAUCCCGAUAAUCCAGCGAAUAGUAAAUUCGACAUAAAUCGCACAACAGGAGAAAUAUUCGUGCUUAAGCCGCUGGAUCGCGAUCAACCGAAUGGACGACCACAGUGGCGUUUCACCGUCUUUGCUCAGGAUGAGGGCGGCGAGGGUCUUGUGGGCUAUGCGGAUGUUCAGGUUAAUCUGAAGGAUAUCAACGACAAUGCGCCCAUUUUCCCGCAGGGCGUUUACUUUGGCAAUGUUACGGAAAAUGGCACCGCCGGCAUGGUGGUCAUGACCAUGACAGCUGUCGACUACGACGAUCCCAAUGAGGGUUCGAAUGCGCGUUUGGUCUACUCGAUCGAGAAGAAUGUAAUUGAGGAGGAGACGGGUUCGCCCAUUUUUGAAAUAGAACCGGACACGGGCGUAAUAAAGACAGCUGUUUGUUGUUUGGAUCGUGAGCGUACGCCGGAUUAUUCGAUACAAGUGGUUGCAAUGGAUGGCGGGGGGUUAAAGGGCACGGGCACGGCGUCUAUACGUGUCAAGGAUAUUAAUGACAUGCCGCCGCAGUUCACCAAGGACGAAUGGUUUACGGAGGUGGACGAAACGGAUGGCACCGCCCUGCCCGAAAUGCCCAUACUGACAGUGACAGUGCACGACGAGGACGAAACGAACAAGUUCCAAUACAAAGUUAUCGAUAACAGCGGCUACGGCGCCGAUAAGUUUACAAUGGUGCGCAACAAUGAUGGCACCGGCUCACUGAAGAUUGUCCAACCGCUGGACUAUGAGGAUCAGCUGCAGAGCAACGGCUUCCGCUUUCGCAUACAGGUGAACGAUAAGGGCGAGGACAACGAUAACGAUAAAUAUCAUGUGGCCUACUCCUGGGUGGUGGUCAAGCUGCGCGAUAUCAACGAUAACAAGCCGCACUUUGAGCGCGCCAACGUUGAGGUGUCCGUGUUCGAGGACACCAAAGUGGGCACCGAACUGGAGAGAUUCAAGGCCACCGAUCCGGAUCAGGGCGGCAAGAGCAAGGUCUCCUAUUCGAUAGAUCGCUCCUCGGAUCGCCAGCGUCAGUUUGCCAUCAAUCAGAAUGGCUCGGUCACCAUACAACGUUCGCUGGAUCGUGAGGUUGUGCCGCGGCAUCAGGUCAAGAUUUUGGCCAUCGACGAUGGUUCACCACCGAAAACAGCAACAGCUACGCUGACGGUCAUUGUGCAGGAUAUCAACGACAAUGCGCCCAAGUUCCUCAAGGAUUACAGACCCGUGCUGCCGGAGCAUGUGCCGCCACGUAAAGUUGUCGAAAUUCUGGCCACCGAUGACGAUGAUCGCUCCAAGAGCAAUGGACCACCCUUCCAAUUCCGUUUGGAUCCCAGCGCUGAUGAUAUUAUACGCGCCUCCUUCAAGGUUGAACAGGAUCAAAAGGGUGCCAAUGGUGAUGGCAUGGCGGUGAUAUCGUCACUGCGCUCCUUUGAUCGGGAGCAGCAGAAGGAGUAUAUGAUACCCAUUGUGAUCAAGGAUCAUGGCUCGCCGGCAAUGACAGGCACCAGUACGCUGACGGUGAUCAUUGGCGAUGUGAACGACAACAAGAUGCAGCCGGGCUCGAAGGAUAUAUUCGUGUACAACUAUCAGGGUCAGUCGCCGGAUACACCAAUUGGACGUGUCUAUGUUUACGAUCUGGACGAUUGGGAUUUGCCCGACAAGAAGUUCUAUUGGGAGGCGCAGGAGCAUCCACGCUUCAAGCUGGACGAGGACUCCGGCAUGGUGACAAUGCGCGCGGGCACACGCGAGGGUCGCUACCAUCUGCGCUUCAAGGUCUACGAUCGGAAGCACACCCAGACGGAUGUGCCGGCCAAUGUGACCGUUAUGGUGCGUGAGAUACCACACGAGGCGGUCAUCAAUUCUGGUUCGGUGCGUCUCUCGGGCAUCUCCGAUGAGGAUUUUAUACGCGUAUGGAAUUAUCGCACACAGAGCCUCAGUCGCUCCAAGCUGGAUCGCUUUAGGGAUAAAUUGGCGGAUCUAUUGAAUACGGAACGCGAGAAUGUCGAUAUAUUUAGCGUGCAACUAAAGCGUCGCAACCCCCCACUGACCGAUGUACGGUUCUCGGCGCACGGUUCACCCUAUUACAAGCCGGUCCGACUCAAUGGCAUUGUGCUGAUGCAUCGCGAGGAGAUCGAAAAGGAUGUGGGCAUCAAUAUCACAAUGGUGGGCAUCGAUGAGUGCCUGUACGAGAAUCAAAUGUGCGAGGGCAGCUGCACCAAUGCCCUCGAGAUUAGCCCCCUGCCCUAUAUGGUGAAUGCGAAUAAGACGGCGCUGGUUGGCGUCCGCGUGGACACCUUGGCCGAUUGCACCUGUGGUGCACGGAAUUUCACCAAGCCCGAAUCAUGCCGUACCACGCCCUGUCACAACGGCGGCCGUUGUGUGGACACACGCUUCGGACCGCACUGCUCCUGCCCGGCGGGCUAUACGGGUCCGCGCUGCCAGCAGACAACGCGCAGCUUCCGCGGCAACGGAUGGGCCUGGUAUCCGCCGCUGGAAAUGUGCGACGAGUCCCAUCUGAGCCUGGAGUUUAUAACACGCAAGCCGGAUGGCUUGAUUAUCUACAACGGACCCAUUGUGCCGCCCGAGCGCGACGAGAUGCUCAUCUCAGAUUUUGUGGCACUGGAACUGGAGCGUGGCUAUCCCCGGCUGCUCAUAGACUUUGGCUCGGGCACACUGGAGCUGCGCGUGAAGACCAAGAAAACGCUCGACGACGGCGAAUGGCAUCGCAUUGAUUUGUUCUGGGAUACGGAGAGUGUGCGCAUGGUUGUUGACUUUUGCAAAUCGGCCGAGAUAAGCGAAAUGGAGGACGGCACUCCGCCCGAAUUCGAUGAUACCUCGUGUCAGGCACGCGGCCAGAUACCGCCCUUCAAUGAGUACUUGAAUGUGAACGCACCGCUGCAGGUGGGCGGCCUCUAUAGGGAGCAGUUCGAGCAAUCUCUCUACUUCUGGCACUAUAUGCCCACGGCGAAGGGUUUCGAUGGCUGCAUACGGAACCUGGUGCACAACUCCAAGCUGUAUGAUCUGGCGCAUCCGGGCCUGUCGCGCAACAGCGUCGCCGGCUGCCCACAGACGGAGGAGGUGUGCGCCCAAACGGAGGCAACGGCACGCUGCUGGGAGCAUGGCAAUUGCGUUGGCUCCCUCUCAGAGGCGCGCUGCCAUUGUCGACCCGGCUGGACGGGCCCCGCCUGCAAUAUACCCACUGUGCCCACCACCUUCAAGGCGCAGAGCUAUGUCAAAUAUGCGCUGAGCUUUGAGCCCGAUCGCUUUAGCACCCAGGUGCAGCUGCGUUUCCGUACACGCGAGGAGCACGGCGAACUGUUCCGGGUUAGCGAUCAGCACAAUCGAGAAUACGGCAUAUUGGAGAUAAAGGAUGCACGUCUUCACUUCCGCUACAAUCUCAACUCGCUGCGCACCGAGGAGAAGGACCUUUGGCUCAAUUCGGUGGCCGUCAACGAUGGCCAAUGGCAUGUGGUGCGCAUCAAUCGUUAUGGCUCGGCGGCCACCUUGGAACUGGAUGGCGGCGAGGGCAGGCGUUACAAUGAGUCGUUCGAGUUUGUGGGGCAUCAGUGGCUGUUGGUCGACAAACAGGAGGGUGUCUAUGCGGGCGGCAAGGCCGAAUAUACGGGCGUGCGCACAUUCGAAGUGUAUGCGGACUAUCAGAAGAGCUGUCUGGAUGAUAUACGUCUGGAGGGCAAACACCUGCCCCUGCCACCCGCCAUGAAUGGCACACAGUGGGGCCAGGCAACAAUGGCGCGUAAUUUGGAAAAAGGUUGCCCCUCCAAUAAGCCAUGCUCGAAUGUCAUUUGCCCCGAUCCCUUCGAGUGUGUGGAUCUUUGGAAUGUCUAUGAGUGCACUUGCGGCGAGGGACGCAUCAUGUCGCCCGAUUCAAAGGGCUGCAUGGAUCGCAACGAAUGCCUCGAUAUGCCCUGUAUGAACGGCGCCACGUGCAUUAAUCUCGAGCCGCGUCUGCGUUAUCGCUGCAUUUGCCCCGAUGGCUUCUGGGGCGAGAGCUGUGAGCUGGUGCAGGAGGGUCAGACCCUCAAGCUGAGCAUGGGCGCCCUGGCGGCCAUACUCGUUUGCCUGCUGAUCAUACUGAUACUCGUUCUGGUAUUUGUGGUCUACAAUCGGCGCCGUGAGGCGCAUAUUAAAUAUCCCGGACCCGACGAUGAUGUGCGCGAGAAUAUUAUCAAUUACGAUGAUGAGGGCGGCGGCGAGGACGAUAUGACCGCCUUUGAUAUAACGCCAUUGCAGAUACCAAUUGGUGGGCCCAUGCCGCCUGAAUUGGCACCCAUGAAAAUGCCAAUUAUGUAUCCCGUGAUGACGCUUAUGCCCGGCCAGGAGCCCAAUGUGGGCGUGUUCAUCGAGGAGCAUAAAAAGCGAGCCGAUGGCGAUCCGAAUGCUCCACCCUUCGAUGAUUUGCGCAAUUAUGCGUACGAGGGCGGCGGCAGCACAGCCGGUUCGCUUAGCUCAUUGGCCUCAGGCACCGAUGAUGAGCAGCAGGAAUACGACUACCUCGGAGCCUGGGGUCCGCGUUUCGAUAAGCUGGCCAACAUGUAUGGCCCGGAGGCGCCCAAUCCGCAUAACACCGAGCUCGAAUUGUAAGUUUCCAGCCAAAAAGAAGACAAAGAAAGGAAAAGAAGCCCGAAACAGCAAACGCAGUUAAGUAGCCACAAAAGUUGCAUUUAAAAAUUCUACACGACAGUGGAGGUUAGGCAAAAAUCAUCGUAAAAGAUUUUCCCGCUAACUCAUACACAAACAAGCGCAACCAAAGAAACAUGGCAAAACCCUAAGUUAGUGGAAAAAAAAAACAAAAACAAAAAGAGAAAACGAUUGAAAACAAAAAAAAAUAUAUAUAAAACUAAACACAUUUGACACGUAAAAUGACAUUUGUAAAAAAUACUUCAUCAGCAUUUAAAUUUAAUAAUUAUUCUAAUUAAUUUACUAAGUGUGAAGAGAACGCAAAAAAACGAAGUUCGAAAUCGCGUGAAGAUUUUUUCGCAAAAUUUUUAAGAAUGGAAUACGAAAAAACUAGAGUAUUGAGCAAGGGGCGAGAGCAUACCAAAGUUUAGAUUAGGCGAGUGCAUGAAUUUCCAUUUUGAUAAUUUGUGAAAAUGGAAAAGAAAUUGAAUAUAUUUGUUGUGCAUAUUAAUUUUAAUUUGCGAUAAAUGUAACUAUUAUUAUUUUAAGUCCAACAUUCUUAAGUACUUUAUAUUUGGCAAGUCAUUUAGGCCAAGCUAAAUACGUUUAGUUUAUUUUUAAAUUUACACAUAAAUUGACUUAAAUGAGUAUUAUAUUAUUUUGAUUUCGUAUUAAUUUUUAAGAUUUAAACUUAAAGAACAUAAUUAAACUUUAUAUAAAUGAAUACCCAAAGACUGUUUUCGUUCCAUCAUAACAAGUACAUAUACACAAGAAAAAAAACACAUAAAUAUAUACAUAUUUAUAUAUACAUAUAUAAAUAAAUUAAACGAAACACAACUUUUAACUGGCAUUACAAGGGGCGUUACGUUGUGUAUCAGCACAAGUAAACCUACAACUAAAACCAGAGAGAUUCGAAAUACACAAACUGAACCGUUCUGGCAAAACAAUUUCUUUCAACAACAAGCGAAAAAAUGAAUGAAAAAAAUACUCCUAAAACAAAUGAUAUUCUAAAACAAAUAAACAAAAAAAUUAAGCUAAACACGAAGAAAGUAAAAAUAAACACGUGUCUAGCUGAAGACAAUUAAAUGGGAAAUGAGUAAAGAAAAAAAGCAGAAAUUUACCUUUAGAUGAACUUAGCGCAAUUGAUAUAAUUAAAUGGAAAUACUUAAAGAGUAAACGAAAAGAAAAACAAAAAAAGCAUAUAUGAUAAAGAAAAGUUUUUUACAUUGUAUAUAUUAUUAGUUUUUAGCACGUAAAAAACAAACGUAAUUAAAUCAUACGAAAUUGGUAGCAGAACCUUAAAGUCUUAUUAAGUCAUUUAAACUAGAAAUGAACGAUUCAAAUAUAAAAACAACAGCAUUCGACAAGCAUGAAUAAAAAAUAUAUAAAAAACCACACACACACACACAUUUCAUAUAUAAAUAUAUAUAUAAAUAUAUAUAUAUAUAAAUAAACAUACUACUCGUACAAAAACAACAAAAACAAACCAACUGCAUUUAAAACUAAACUUUUUCCACACGACAAAAUACUGAGAAGGAUACCGAGAACGGUUUUUUUUUUGGCCAGUUGCAUUUUUAUGUACUCUAUUUAUUUUCAGCCAUUUUAGAGAUCGUAAAGGCAAUAAAGAUUUGUCUGGCCAAAAAAAACCAAAUGCGCAACUUUUUAGCCACAAGUUGAGCCACAGUUAUGAGUGCAAUUUAAAAUAAUAAUAUUCCAAAUGUUUAUUGUUUCAUUUGUUGCACACAAUAUAUCGUAUAUAUACUCCAUAUAUAUACGAGAUCCCACAAUAGCAUACUAUGUAGUUAUUAUAUAUAGAAGAAGCAGAAAAAGAAAACAAACACAAUCCAAUUGGAAAGCCAGUUAGCUGCUGCAAUACAAGUUGAUUACUUUGUUGAUUUUAUGUGUGUUUUGUUUUUUUCGCAUUGCAAAGUCAGCCAAGUUUAGCAAUUGAAAUGAAACCGUAAGUACAUAAAAAAAAGAGAAUACACUGCAACAAAUCAAGUGCAUGCAUAAAUCAUAGAGUUUUCCAGGCAAAGUGCCCAAAUUCCUAAAGCAUAAAAGAAAAAAAAUAGUUUGAUUUAUUUUACUUUUCCAAAAACUAAGCAACAAAAAAUAAAUAUAUACAAACGAAAACCUAAAGAAAACUGCAACAAGAGUUGACUAUUGAAAAGUGCAAAGAUUUUAACGUAAUUGUUAAACCAUACAGCGAAAAAAUAUUUAACAAAUAAAAGUACAUUAAAUAUUAAAAUAAAACUGCAAAUAAAUGCAAAACUUGCUGUACUUGUUUAAAGUUCAACACAAUUUUUAAAAGCACAUUAACUGUUAAAAAAUUAUAUACAACUUAAAACAAUAUAGAGUAAAGCCACACAGAAGAUUGAAAGAGAGAGACAAUUUGAUAUUGAUGCGACUUCGAUUCAAUAUUUUGCAAAGACUUCAUUUCGAUGCUUCAAAAAAGAAACAUAAAAAUAAAUAAAUUAAUUAAACAGUACAGCAACAACAACACGUAUAAACACUGCCAAUUAAACAAUAUAAUUUUCAAGAGACUUUCGAAACAAAAAUAAAAUUCAACGAAAAUAUUUUUGUUUUAAACUAAACGAAAUUUGCAUUUUGCUCAUUUUGCUGACAACUUUAAUUUGCUUUUUUCGGCAAAAGAUUUAGUUCACAUUUUUUGACUAUAUAGAUUUGCAUUUAUGUGUAUGUAUAGGCGUAUAUUAAUUACAUUUUCUAAUUACCAAGCACUUUCAGGCGAUGCAGACAAAAUAUGAAAAUAGUUACCAGAACGUACGAUAUUUUAUAUAAAAAAAAAAAAAAAUAAAA